UUACUGGAUGGAUGUUCAACAGGUGUAAGCAAAAGUGAAGUUUCGUAGACGUGAUACUAAAGUUAAAUUCAAAGGAUUUUUCUACCAAUCAAAAGUGUUUCAAUCUCUCUAAACUGUGAAAACGCUUUGGAUUUAUUUACAAUUAAUUAAGGUGUUGUGAAGAGUGAAGACGAAGUUUCCAACAAUAAAGGAAGACGCGCAAUCGUGAGAAAUGGGAUCACUACCUCAAUUGUCGAUUCUAAAGGGAUCGCAGAAGACGAGAGAUGUGCAGCUAUUGCACAAAAUUUUUGAAGAAAAAGUCGAUCAAGGAUGCGGCAACAAAACCGCAAUUAUCUUCAAUGUGGACCACUCAAAUGAGCGACGAAUUAAUUACAACACACUGAAUUCAAGUGCGAAUCGCCUGAGCGCCACAAUUCUUCACAGAGUCCGCGAGGGACAGGAGCCGUGCGCCAAUCAGGAUGGCGAUUGGCCGGUGGUGGUGUGCAUGGCACCAUCAGACAAUCUGGUGAUCACCCUCCUGGCCAUCUGGAAGUGCGGGGCCGCCUACCUGCCCAUCGAUCCGUCGUUCCCACACAAUCGCAUUCAGCACAUCCUUGAGGAGACAAAGCCCGUUCUAAUAAUUCACGACAGUGACGUAGCCACAGAAGCUUUUGGAAGUAGUCCAGCCGUGUCAUUCGAUGUGCUCAAGAGGCAGUCGACAGAGUUCAGCAACGCCAAUAUCAGAGAUGAUGCCACUCUCUCCGACGAAGCAGAUCCCACCGCCAUAAUUCUCUACACGUCUGGAAGCACCGGAAUUCCAAAAGGAGUUCGCUUACCUCACUCAGUCAUUGCUAAUCGAUUAUUCUGGCAGUGGGAUGAGUUUCCCUACUCGCCAUCGGAGUCAGUUGGGGUCUUCAAGACUGCGCUGACCUUUGUUGAUCACAUUUCUGAGAUCUGGGGACCGUUGCUCAAUGAAAUGUCCCUGUUGUGCAUCACUAAAGAGUCCACCAAGAAUCCCGAGAAGCUCGUUCAAUUGCUUGAGGAGCACAAAAUCGAGCGAUUGGUUCUGGUUCCAACACUCCUCAAGUCUAUUCUCAUGUACUUGGGGCUCCAGAAGGCCAGCAAGAAGCUGCUGCAGAGACUGAGGAUCUGGGUGUGCUCCGGAGAGACUCUCUCUGUGUCUCUGGCCCAGGAAUUCUUUGAUCACUUCGAGGAAGGAUCGCAUAUCCUAUGCAAUUUCUACGGUUCGACGGAGAUUAUGGGAGAUGUGACCUACUUCAUCUGUGACAGCAAGAAAGCUCUGCAGACAAUGGAAAAGAUCCCUAUAGGAUAUCCAGUUGACAACACCGUGCUCUAUCUCCUGGACACGGACUUCCGACCCGUCACUCUGGGUCAAAUCGGAGAGCUCUUUGUGUCAGGAAUGAACCUGGCUCGAGGAUAUGUCAAUAACCGAGAUGCUCAUCGGUUCAUUGAGAAUCCCUUGGCUGUGGAUCCCAAGUACUCCCGGCUGUUCAGAACCGGCGACUUUGGACGGAUAGAGAAAUCCUCUCUGAUCUUCGAGGGUCGAACCGAUUCCCAGAUCAAGAUUCGCGGUCAUCGAGUGGAUCUCACGGAGAUCGAGCGGAAUCUUCUAAGUCUGCCAGAAGUUGACAAGUCUUUCGUACUAUGCCACCGACCUGGUGAAAUUGAUCAGGCAGUGGUGGCCUUCACUCUGCUGACCUCAGAGGCGAAGUCCCAGAAAACAAUUGGAAUGCACCUCGAGUCGAAGCUACUUGCACUCUUGCCCAGCUACAUGGUGCCACAAGUUGUGAUUAUUGACGCAGUUCCGCUGCUGGUGAAUGGAAAAGUUGACCGGCAGUCAUUGAUCAAGCAAUACGAGAAUACCAACAACAACGAUGACUCCAAUGUCACCGUGGAUUACGACUACACGGGCGUUCCGGAUGAUCAGCUGAAGGUGGCCACGGAUCUCUUCCUGACCAUCGGCAGUGUUAUUGGCAGAUCCACCAGAACUGUUCUGACGCUCAGCAGCAACUUCUACGAACUGGGCGGCAAUUCGCUCAACUCGAUCUUCACAGUGACUCAGCUCAGGGAGAAGGGUUACAACAUCAGCAUUACGGACUUCAUUGCUUCCAAGGAUCUCGGGGAGAUCCUGCAGAUCCUCCACGAGGGAGUGACUAAAGAAAUCUCAAAGAUCAACCCCAAGAUAAUCGAAGAGGGCCAACAGUGGAAGCUAUCGGCGAUUCCGCUCAACGACACUCACAAGCAGGAUGUGAUUGAAAUAAUAACGUCGAGUUUCUACGAGAAGGCAGACCUCGAGCAAUGGCUGAAACCAAAUAUUUUGCGGACGGACUACGCGGACAUUCUAGAGCUUAUCUGGGAUGCUCUCGUGGAAAAGGACCUCAGCUUUGUUGUGGUGAACGAACAAAAGCAGGCCGUGGGAGUGGCACUGAAUUUUGACGCCCGAGAUGAACCUGAGGUGGCAGUUGAGAAUCUCCUGAUAAUUGUUUUUGAGUUCCUAGAGUUCGUCGAAGGUCCUAUCAGGGAAAACAAGCUCCCUCCUGGCAAGAAUGUGAUCCUGCACUCGUUUAUGAUGGGCACGCACGAGGAGUUGAAUGCACAGGAGAAUAUCGUUCUGAUUCAAUUCAUGGAGGAGGAAGUAAUCAAGGUAGCGAAGAGGAAGAAGUUCACGGGAGUUUUUACUACCAACACGAGUCCUUUGACUCAGCAAUUGGGCGCUGUGAUGGGCUACCAGGAACUCCUGGAUUACCAAGUGAAUCAGUAUGCUUACACGGAUGGAAGCCUGCCCUUCGCGAAAGCUCCAAAUACUCAGAGAGCCAUCGUUCACUGGAAGCCUGUAAAUGCCGACAAUUGAUUGCCUUGAGAAUCUCUUAUUUUGCACUUUUAUUCGUACUCAUAAUUUGGCCUUUUUAUAUAUAAACAUAUAGAUUUUAGAAUAAACAAAAACGAAUUUAUUCUUAAGAUAAAUCUGGAGUAUUACUAUUAUGUACGUUGUAAUAUCACAUCUCUCAAUAAAACAUUACUUUUAUUGAAUGUUGAAUACAAUCAAAUUUUCUCCUUUUAAUUUUGAGAGACUUUGGGAAAACUGUAAU